UUUCUCCGACUUUUUUCCUUUAAAGAAAAUGGGCGGACAACCUCACCCAUGCACACACAUUAUAUCUCGCCCUUUUACUGUCUCUUGAAAGUUGAAAACUUGAAGCAAACAAAUCCACAUUUCCCCUCAGUUUUAGUGUUUACAUUUUCAAUUAUCUUUUAAAAUUUUUGUUCGGGGUUGUGAUAAAAUGAAUACUGAAAUUUAUCAUUUAUGUAACUGGAAGAUAACAGGUCUUACGUUGAAUCACUGGUUCCUUUCUUUUCCUUUUUGAGCAUCUAAUCUUUGUUUUCUCUCGAGAAAAAUUUAAGCACAAAUCCCUUUUCCCUUGAAUUGAAGAAGGAAUCCCCAAGAAACUCAAAACCUUUGCUUCUAUUCCCUGGCCUUGAUUUAGGGUUCUACUUUUCUCUUUCCUUUUUCUUUUGCUUGUUCAAGGGUUUAUUCUCUGUUCCAUUUCUUCCUUUUUGUCUUUAAAAACCCACUCUUGUGGUUUGCAUUGUCACGUAAAUUUCGUUCUUUUCUUCCUUUUGGGUUUUCUUUUUCUUUAUUAACACCCUUCAUUUUCUUCUCUGUAAAGCAUGUCUUUUAACCAAAUUUCCUCUAAGAAUACCCGAAAUGUUAAAUUUAAGAAAAACCCAUUUCUCCAUUUUUACCUGAAAUUGUUUCCUUCUAUGCAAUACGCCCCUUUUAUAUUCAGUUUCUUUUAGGCCUUUUAUCAAACACCUAAGCUACACUUUGGGAAAAAAAAUUCAUUUUUAUAUUCUUUUUUCUGUGUGACUUCGUGUUUUGAAAUCAUGGGUUGUGUUCAUGGAAAGUGUUGUACUAGAAAUCCAUCGUCAUCAGAUGGUGGUUCGGGUCACCAUGGAGAAAAGAAACCUUACAAUAACAAACACAUUCUUACACAAAGGUCAUUGGAGUCAGUUCCUGUUCCAUCUCACAACUUAACCUUGCAGUACUCAAUCUUAACACAGCGUGGUUAUUAUCCUGUCGCAGUUGAGACGGAAAACGAAGAUAGUUUCUGUAUCAAAACACAAAUUCAAGGAAAACCAAAUGUUCAUUUCUUUGGUGUAUUUGAUGGACAUGGUGAAUUCGGUGCUCAAUGUUCAAACUUUGUCAAGAAUAGACUUGUAGAAAUAUUAUCUAGUGACUCUGCAUUGUUGGAUGAUCCUUUAAAAGCUUAUACUUCGGCAUUUUUAACUACAAAUUCUGAGUUACAUAAUAGUGAAAUUGAUGAUACUGAGAGUGGUACCACAGCGAUAACUGUCCUUGUUGUUGGGAAUACCCUUUAUGUUGCUAAUGUGGGUGACUCAAGAGCUGUGAUUGCCGUUAGGGACGGGGAUCAAAUUUUGGCUGAAAAUUUAUCUGAGGAUCAAACACCAUUUAGGAAAGAUGAAUAUGAUAGGGUGAAGCUUUGUGGGGCCAGCGUUUUGAGUAUUGGUCAAGUGGAAGGCCGCAAAGACCCGGAUAUUCAAUAUUGGGGUGAUGAAGAAAGUCAACGUAAUGAUCCUCCUAGGUUGUGGCUUCCGAAUGGAAUGAAACCUGGUGCUGCAUUUACAAGGAGUGUAGGAGAUAGUGCAGCGGAGAGGAUUGGGGUGAUUGCUGUUCCUGAGAUUUCAAUUGUUCAGCUUACACCUUAUCAUCUAUUCUUUGUUGUUGCAAGUGAUGGAGUUUUUGAGUUUCUCCGUAGCCAAACUGUUGUCAACAUGGCAGCUGCAUAUACAGAUCCCAGGGAUGCAUGUGCUGCAAUUGCUGGAGAAUCCUACAAGCUAUGGUUGGAGCAUAGCAUUCGGACUGAUGAUAUUACAAUCAUCAUUGUACAGAUUAAUGACCCGUCUAAUGUAUGCAUUAUUUAAAUCUUAUUAUGGC